AUGACUGUCAAGGUCGGUAUCAACGGUUUCGGCCGCAUCGGUCGCAUUGUCUUCCGCAACUCUGUCGAGCACCCCGACAUCGAGGUCGUUGCCGUCAACGAUCCCUUCAUUGAGGCCAAGUACGCUGCCUACAUGCUCAAGUAUGAUUCCUCCCACGGUGUCUUCAAGGGCGACAUUGAGGUCUCCGGCAACGAUCUCGUUGUCAACGGCAAGACCAUCAAGUUCUACGGCGAGCGCGACCCCGCUGCCAUCCCCUGGAAGGACACCGGCGCCACCUAUGUCGUUGAGUCCACCGGUGUCUUCACCACCACCGAGAAGGCCAAGGCUCACUUGGCUGGUGGUGCCAAGAAGGUCAUCAUCUCCGCCCCUUCCGCCGAUGCCCCCAUGUACGUGAUGGGUGUCAACAACGAGACCUACGACGGCAAGGCCGACGUUAUCUCCAACGCUUCUUGCACCACCAACUGCUUGGCUCCUCUCGCCAAGGUCAUCCACGACAACUUCACCAUCGUCGAGGGUCUCAUGACCACCGUUCACUCUUACACUGCCACCCAGAAGACCGUCGAUGGUCCUUCCGCCAAGGACUGGCGAGGUGGCCGUACUGCUGCUACCAACAUCAUCCCCAGCAGCACUGGUGCCGCCAAGGCCGUCGGCAAGGUCAUCCCCGACCUCAACGGCAAGCUCACCGGCAUGUCCAUGCGUGUGCCCACCGCCAACGUCUCCGUUGUUGACUUGACUGUCCGCAUCGAGAAGCCUGCUUCUUACGAUGCCAUCAAGCAGACCAUCAAGGAUGCCGCUGCUGGCCCCCUCAAGGGCAUCCUCGACUACUCCGAGGACGACCUCGUCUCCACCGACUUGAACGGCAACACCCACUCCUCCAUCUUCGAUGCCAAGGCCGGUAUCGCCCUCAACGAGAACUUCCUCAAGCUUGUCAGCUGGUAUGACAACGAGUGGGGCUACUCCCGCCGUGUUCUCGACCUCAUUUCCUACAUCUCCAAGGUCGAUGGCCAGUAA